AUGAUAACAGCAACUAGAUCAUUCAAUUUUAGAUUACCAUAAUUAAGUAUUAAAAAUCUUGAUAAAUCUAAUAAACCAACUAUCAGAUCUAUUAAUAAUGUUUAUGAUUACUCAAAUUCACCACUUAAAACUAAAACUGAUAAUAUCUCUCGUGGUUCACUUUCCACUCCCUUACAAUAUUGUAGAUAUUCCUAUUAUAAUAUAUGUAGAGUAGAUUCUUCAUUUAAUGAUUAAGAAAUAUUUAGUGCACAAAUUAAAAGUGUUUAAAGAAAUAAUAAUAAUAGCUAUAAUAUUAAUUAAGAUUAAAGUGAUAAAUUAUCAUCAAGAAUCAAAAAUCUUACAAAAACUAAAAAUAAAAUCAAAGAAUCUAUCUCUACAAAAUAAUAUAAAAAAACUGAACCUUAUAUUCAAAAACAAUCUGAUAAAUAAUAAUCAAAAAGUCCAAAAUUUACUCUAAAAACAGAAGAAAAAAAUGAUGAAUUUGCUAAUGAACAAAAAAAACUCAUCCAAUAAAAAAUGUAAGAUAUCUAUACAUAAGUAUAAACUAUACUCAAAUCUCAUAAAGGUUAUGUUAGAUAGUCAGAAAAAAAAAAUGUCUAUAUUAAAUUAGUCUAAUUAAAAAAGGAAUUUAAACUUGUUAAUCAAGAUUAUAAUGAAUUCUAUAUUAAUCAUACGAAUGAUCAAUUUAAAUGUAAUAUAUAAUACGUCUAUGAUUAGUGGAUUUUUUAAUUGUCGAUCGAAUUGAAUAAUUAAAAUAAUUAUUUGAAAAUAAAAGACCUACUAAACGUACUUGUGGUAGUCUUUUUGAUGGAAUAGAUAUAUCUAUUGUAAUUCAUACAGAAGCUGAUGAAAAAAUAAAUAAUAUUGAUUUUAAAGAAAUAUCUGAAAAAGAUUUUGAACAAUCUCAUGAUCAAAUUGAAUAAUUCGCUGAUUAAAUGACAGAUUGUUCACCAACUAAUAGUACAACUAGAAGAAGAACUACUAAUUUAAAUAAAAGAGUCUCCAAAUAAUAUGCUCUAUAACCAAUAUAAAUCUAAUAAGAAAUUAAUCAAUAAUCUCAAUAGAUCAGAAGAAAAAGUAGUAUUAAAUCAAUCAAUAGUCCUCUUACACCCAAAACUCCUAAUUCUCCAUCUACUAUAACUUCAAGGAAUAAUAAGUUUACAGCUUAAUAAAUUUUAUAAUAAAAAUUAAAAUUACCAGCUACUCCACCAAAAAAGUAAGAAUAAUAAUAAUUCUAAGAAGAUUAAAAUAGUAUUUUAAAAAAAGAAAUUUAAAAAAGGUAAUCUAAACUCAUUUCUCGUAAAACAACUUUAGAUAUAUAAAAGGAAUCAAAAUAAAAGUUUAAUUUAAAUUCUAGAAACAGUCUUAUAGAAGUAUCUGAAAUUUCUGAAAAUGAAUAAAAAAUUAUCCAAAAUUUCUAAAUUAACUAAUCAUAAAUUUCAGAACCUGAUCAUAUUUAAAAUAUUUUAGAAUAACUCUAAGUUGAAAAUGAAUAAAUUACUAUAAAAAAUUAAUCAUAAACUUAAUAAAUUGUUUCAAAAAAUGAAUAAUAAUAAGAAUAACAUACAACUUAUAAAGAAAUUAAAGAGUCUAAAAUUAUAUAAGAAUUGUAUUCAACUAAUUUUAUUUAUGAUCAAGAGAUUUUGAAUAAACAUAGAAAAAAUAAAUACAAAAAUCAAUGGUAAUAAGAUAUUUAAUCAAUUUUAUCUAAUUAUUAUUAAUUUUUUUGA